AUGAACGCUUCUAAUCAGGAAGCUGGGCAAGGCCCGAAGAGAAUCCCUACAAUUCAAGAGAUGAAAAGUUGGAACUAUGAGCAAUUGCUCGAAUGGAUCCAGCGAACACAACCAAACAUUUUCUGCGAUGACGAGGACGUUUUGACAUUCAAAGCGGCAAAAAUCAGGGGCUCUACCUUCUUGAAUUAUGCUGAGGAUCUAGGCUUCUUUAGAGAAACUCGUCUGCCUCUUGGAGUCUAUUGGACUCUUGCAUCUCUUGCAAGUAAAGUCAGCAAACAGAACGAUCAACCGAACCAGACAGCCGAUCAAAAGAGGAAAUCCAUCGCAGCGAGUAAGCGAAGACAGGCCAUCAAGAAUAUGUUUAUACAAGUGAACGACGCUCCUGAUCAGCAUUCUGAUUCCGUCGAUCCUCUUCCUGGAGCUGUCGAUAAACUUUCCGACCCCACAUUAAAUCACAUACUCGACUUUCCGUUUGUCGGCACGAUGCCAGAACGAUUUAAAGAGCCCGAUAUAGCUGAAGGAAAGUGGCUAUAUAUGGGGAGAACGAUGUUCAAAGACUUUCUCCAUGAGGUAAAGGAAGUGCGAAAGAGUCAGGUUUACCGAAGAUGUUGGCUCUAUGGAACCCAUGGCUUUGGGAAGUCUCACCUUCUAGCCGCCCUCGUCUGCUACUUUGCUGCUCAAGAUGAACGAGUCGUCUAUCUACCGGAUUGCCGAUGCCUGCUCGAUGACCCUGUUUCCUACGUCAAAUCAGCAAUGCUAUUCGCCUGGGCCAGCGAUUUCACCACCCAGAAGAAGAUUAUAGCUCUACGCACUGAAGUCCAGAUCGAGGAAUUCUUCGAGUAUCAAGAAAACGUCAUAUUUGUCGUUGAUCAGAUGGAUGCUUUAAUGAGUGACAGCAUUCCAAAUAGGAAGAUGGCCCUAACGUUAUAUAACUGGGUGAUCCGUUUCGCUUCUUUCCAUAAAGCAGUUCUCAGUUUCUCUGCCAAUUGUACGACGAACUUCGAGGUGUUCGAACAUCAGACUUCGUGCCAUGUGGUACACGUCUAUGGCGGUUUCAGUGAGACGGAAAUGGAGCAGUGGUGGAAGCAGCAUCAAGAUAUUAAAUUGGGAGAGUAUUCCCGGAAUAAGGUUGAAGACGUUACAGGCUGCAUCCCAUUGCUCUUAAACCAAUGCAUAGUGAAUAGGAAGUUUGAUUUAACGGCCCCUAAAUUGAUCGAAAUCUCUAACGAAGCUAUGGCGUUUGUACAGCGAUUCAAGUCCACUGUUACGAAGUUUGAUUGGGAGUGGUAUUGCAAGUACGCAAGGGGUUGCAUUCGUAACCGGCGUGUACCACGUGGAUGGACGGGACACAUCGAACUGAUCGACCAUCGGUACUUUUAUCACGAUACGAAGGAAAUUGGAAAAUAUACCUGCGGUUUAGUUCGUGACGCUGUAGCAAAUCAGCUUCUCGAGUUGGAUGAUACAUAUAUCGACAUUAACUUUCUGGCCUCAUUACGCCAUUUUAUUGACAAUCGAUCUGUCGUCGAGUUUAUGGUGGAAUACGCCGUCUUGGCAUCCAUUCGAUCAAAAGGUUUAAAGGAUUGCGAGGGCUGUAACAAGCGCAUGGACUUAAAAUUCCUCACGGAGCCAGAGGACAUUGAGUUCGAUAUCCGCGACCAGCCAGUACUUUAUCGCCCCCGACAGGUUAAUUACAAGGCGAUAGAUGGAAUGAUUGUCUUGAUUAAGACCCCCAAAAAACCCGCUAAGGGGAAAAAGCCGAAAUUGCUCAUUUUCCCCAUUCAGAUCACAGUGGCAAAGAAUCACACGAAGUCUCGUCCAACAUUCUUACAAAAAUACCGCGAGUGGGCCAAGGAGCAACUACCGAAGUUUGAUAUUGAACUAGAAUUCCUCUGGAUCACCCCAGAUAAGCACGAUGUUAUACAACAGCCGCCUCAUUCACCGUGGCCUGGACAUCGAGAGCGUUAUAUUUCUUUGAGGGAUGUUAGUAUGGACAUCUGGACUAAGUAUCAAAGAGCGGAGAAAGCCAGAGAAAAGAAAGAAAACGAUAAAAAGGGAGAAGCCCAAGAAGAAGAAACUGGAGAAGAAGAGGAGCAAUCCGAAGGAGAAGAAGCGAAUAAAGAAGUCGAAGAAGACCAAAGCGGUAAACUCGUGACACGAGCUAGAGCGAGGCGAUCCAGAGCGCGCUAG